GUCGACAUGCAUGUUUUGUUUUUGUUUCCGACUCCGACCGUGUUGUUGACGACUUGACGAAAACAAAUCGGCAUGGCGAAAGUUGGAAAUUUAAUUGUUGUGGGCACCUAUGAAGAAUUCGUUCUUGGAUAUGCCAUAGUUCCUGAUGAGUUCCAUGAAAAAAAACUGACCUUGGUGCAAACCUUUGCAUGCCACUCGCAUAGAGCAAGUGUACGUUCACUUGCUGUUGGCGGUGUGCAUCUAGCAUCAGGUAGUACUGAUGAAACAGUUCGUCUUUAUGAUAUUGUCAAUCAAGUUGAAUCAGGGCUUUUAAAUCACCAUGAAGGUACUGUUCAUGCCUUGGCAUUCACAGAAAAUGGAUCACAUCUUAUCACUGCUGGUGAAGAUGGAACAAUAGCUGUGAUUCGUACUGGUUCAUGGUUCACAGAAAAGAAAUGGGUUGGAACUCACAGUGGUUCAGCUGUCACAGGUAUAUCUGUUCAUCCAAGUGGUAAAUUGGCCCUUUCUAUUGGAAGUGACAACAAAAUAGUCACAUGGAAUUUAGUGAAAGGGCGUAAAGCUUAUAUCACCAAUGUGUCAAGCCGUUGUCGUCAUGGCUGGGGAGUUGGUGAUGUGCAGUGGUCUCCAUCUGGAUCUUCUUAUGCAGCCUUUAUGUCCAGUCAUGCAGAGGUUUACUCAGUAGAAAUUGCUGGUGUAUCUCAUACUAUCUCAUGUAGUAAUAGAGUCACAUGCAUUGCAUUUUUAGAUGAUGAUAUUAUUUUAGUUGGAGAAGAAAGUGGAGAAGCCUCCAUCCACAAGCUUGAACCACCUUCAGUAAAGGGUGAAGAGGGUAAAAAGGAAGAAAUAGCUCGAUUUCAAGCUCAUGAUCGCCGUGUGAAAUGUGCUAAAUAUGUAGGACCUGUUGAAGAUGGAUCCCGCACUGCCGUUCACUUUGUUACUGCUGGGGGUAGUGGUCGAAUAUGUCUAUGGGAACUUGAGGACUCAGAAGUAACAAAAGUUUGUGAAGUUGGCACUGGGUGUAGAAUAACUUGUAUGACUUUUGUGGACUUGGAAAAAGAGUUAAAAGUGAAGAAAGAAAAUGAAGUUCCAUCAAAGAAAACUUUAUCAAAGAAUACUGGUGUUAAAGAGAAGAUCAUUGAGCCAACUGCGUCCAAGAAGAGAAAAAUUAUUGAUGGUAAAAUAUCCAGAAAUAGCAACAAAAAGUCCUUGUCCAAGGUAAAUAGUUCAGUAGACACUAGUUCUUCUCCCAAAUCAAAGAAGAUUUCUAAGAAAGGAACUAAAUCCCAGAAUUUGUCAACUUCAAACCAACAUAAAACUAGUAAAGUGAGAUCUUUUAAUGCGGGUCGAUGGGAUGUAACUCCUCUAGAAUAGUAUUUCAAUUACAUAUAGCUCGAAGACUUUGCAUUGUGUCAACUGUGUUCCGGGAGCAAAUCAUCUACAUGAAUUUUACCAAGUAGGGCAGACUUGCACCAAGAAAGGGUUUUCUUUCUGUAAAAUAUUAUGUGACUGUUUGAAGCAUUUUCAUUGACAAGAAGAUAGAUGACCUGACACUAAAAAUUAUCAUCUGUAUUGUAUUUUCAAUAGUACAUUUCGUUGGCGGUAUAUACAGCAAGUAGGUGAUAUCCCCACAGAAACAAAUUUGUUAUUCACAUUUUGCAACUGAAUGCAUUAAAAAUUGAUUAAAUUUAAAUUACAAACAAUCAA